GAAACUGAAAUGUCAAAGGGACGGUCAAUCCUCGAGCGAAUUGGGUACAUACCUGCCAUUAGCUGUUAUGUUGGUAUAUAUUGCACAAGUCACCUUCUCAGUGCACGAUACCAAGUUAUGUACAUAGUAUGGGUAUGCCCCGUAGUUCUGCAGGGUAUCAUCGUCACAGAAAAGUAAUUAUUGCGAGAUCACGGCAAGCAAGACAUCUGAACUGAGGGACUUCUUAUGUAGUUAACUAGCUUGUAGGUAACUGUAGACAGAC